GCCCGCUUUACUCGCGCAUUCAUAUCUCACUGAACCAAAAACAAAUAUAUAUGUUGCUGAGGUCAACAAACAUCACCGCAACUCUUCUUCUCUUGUAACCUUACGUGAACAUCGGCUAUUGCUCCCCUUCGCUUCACACACACAUACCCUCCAUUCGGUGUAUUGCAACGCCCUUCGCCUCCUCCUAUCCUCACCGCUUUACGGCCUCUUGUUCUUCUUCAACAUAAACAAAAGGGAGAAAAGGCGCGAAGAAACGCCUCUCCGUCCGUCUUGCAUCUUCAAGUUGUUGUUUUUUGAAGCUUUGGGGGGGCAUCCUCCCUUCCCACGGUUCGCCCUUUUCUUUUCUUUUCUCUAUUUAUUUAUUACGUUUCCCUCUCGGUGCGUCAGCGUCGGCCCUUCACGGCGUUCUCGCACCACCGCGGCGAUUCGAGCACAGAUUGUUGAAAGGAAGAACAAAACGGCCACUUUCAUUAAAGAGUAGGAGGUGGAGGGGGAAAAGCCCAUUUUCAUUGUAAAUAUCUAUAUAUAUAUAUAUAUAUAUUUCUAUUUGCAGCACGCGGUUAGACGGGUUUCCCCGAGAACCCCCCUCUCUCAGCAGCAACGGGUUUGCUGAUCCACACACCUUUCCGUGCUCGGCAUCUCAAUGCGCCUGCGUGGGGGUUUAGGUCUCUCUCGCAUAAAAACAAAAAACAAGAUAAUAAUAAAAAACCCGACGAUCCUCCCUUGUGUUUCUCUUUUCGUUUCCGCUGAAUCGUAGUGCCUUCGUUUGAUCCCAAACGUGAGGGGACGCUCCCCACCCUCCCUCCCCUUCCUUUUUUUUUGCUUGUUUUGCUUCCCCACCCCACCCCUCCUCCUCCUCCUCCUCCCAGCUGGUGAGGAAUGGGUGGGGUUUGUGCGUGCCUCAUUUUUGAAAGCAAAUUAUUAUUGUUGUUGCUGUUGUUCCUCUGCUUCUCUAUUUACGUUUUAUUGUUUAUUCUUUUUUCUCUCGUAUUCGUUGCCCCCCUCGUCCACGUCCAGCUUCUCGCCUGCUCCAUCAGACCCCUCCUCUGCCCCCUCUCUUCGUCCAUUUUUUUCCUUUGGUUCUUUUCUGGCUGCACACGCACGCGCACACGCAAUCCCUCCUGCCCGUGCAGCUUUGCAAGUCGAUUUCCGUUUCGUUGUUAUUUUAUUGAAAACUUGCAAAACACAGAAGAAAAGAAAAACACGACACGAGGAUGUGGAACACAAAACGGGGAGCUGCCUCCGGCUCCCUGUCCUCCAGCCCUGUCUUCGGCAGUUCUCCGGCCUCCGCCUCGCCCGGUGUGCUCCCGUCAUCAGUGUCGUCAUCGCCGGCAAACGCUCGCAGCAGCAACAACAAUCGAUUUGGCACGCGAAAACCCCUCAAGACCUUUAGCCGGUUGUCGGGUGGAACCGCGAACAGCAGCAGCAAUAACAACAAUGAUAAUGCGGCGGUGGCGACGGCGGCCGCCGGGUCUGUCGGAAGGCGCUCCAGUAAGCGAAAGCCGCACCGUGGACGACGGAACACGAGAAACAGUGAGGAUGAAGGGGGCGAAGAAGAUAACGGCGGCGGAGAGCGUGCUGCGGUGGCAUCCUCACCGGCAGCCGGCGUAGGAGAGGUGUCGGCGGUACCAGCAGAAGCAGCGGACACGGGCAAGGAAGUGCACGACACAGCGACAGCAGCGGUGGAGCAGCAGCAUGCAAACCGCACCAAACCCGAUCAAACGAGGGGCAGUGGCACCCGCAACAGCAACAGGACUCACAAUGACAACAGUGUUAAUAGAGGGAGACCUCAGCGAAGCACCCCAACGUCCCGUGGCGGCGCUGCUGCUGCUCCUGCAGCUGCUGCCAUAACGCUGAACAACGGCCAACCCAAGAAGCAUAACGCGCCGUCGCAGACCCGUUCAUCUCCUUUUCCUCAUCAGCCUACGCAGCAGCGCAGCAACGUUGGCGGGAAGGUACGCGAGAGGCAUCGUGUCACUCCUUCCCCCGAUGAGGAAAGGUACACGGUAGGCGAAGGGGUUGUAGAAGGAGUAGGUCAGAGCGCAACAACGACGGAGUACGGCGAAGAGCUCCCGCAGUCCCAGCAAUUUCCCACUGCGACGCCCGCCACGGACAAAGCUGCCGCGGUGGAAAAGUCUCUUCACAGCCAACAAACCGAUAAGCGUCGUGCUCAUCACGCGGCGAAGAGCAAAAACAAAAACAUGCAGGGCGUCACCGCGUCCAUCCCGGCAAAGCGCCUACGCGAGAGCGAAGCGGCGUCGUCUACAGCAGCGAAGUCAUCACAGCCAUCCCCGCAAAUACAACUACAACCACAGAACGUUAAAACCUCGGCUCCCACCUCGGUUUCGAUGGAGCCGCAGCCGUCAUCUGCACCGCAACUGCGGUCUGGCGGUAACAGCAGUAGAAACCACAAUAACAACCGCCAUGGUGUUGGCGGUGUCUCUGCGUCGCAACAGCGCAGUGCCACGGCCACGCCGCCAGCAUCGCCCGAGCCAACUUCACAAGACAGCGCCGGCCUACCACGCGCGUUGCGUGACUCCGUUGUGCCGGAACACCAUGCACGGCCUCCGUUUGUGCGGGAGGACGCGUCACCGGCGUUAGCAGCGAUGGAUGCAGCCACCACCCCGCCCGUCAGGAUGGAAUGCCCGCCUGACCCGUGUGUAGUGAAGGUGGUGACCACCGCUGCGGGGAUCUCGCCUCAGCCCCCUCCCUUUGCGCCGUCCUCCGCUGCCAGGGUGGUGGACGACGGGGGAUCGGAGGAAAGAACGAAGGAGGAUGAAGCAAACUGGAUAGAGACGUAUGCAGCGCAGAUGAUGCCACCAGCAGUCGCAGGCGUUACUGCGGCUACAACUGCUGCUGCUGCUGCUGCUCCAUCACGAAUCUCCGACGAGGACGCGCAACUGCGUCGCCGUGGGCUGCGCUUCGAAGCCGCGCCGUGGCGCCCAACCGGGCCCCCCACGUUUGGCACAGAUGCCGCGGUGCUCGCGGGGGUGUCCGCCGCGCCGAUGUUUUCUUUUCCCCUGCCGUCCGAAAAGCCCACAGCAGCGAUGACAAUGGCAGCAACCACCAGCGCGGGCACCGCCCUGCAUCUGGGGGAAGGCUUCCCAUUCUUUGCCGCACCAGCCCUUGCCUCAGGGAUCGGGUCCACCUGUGUGGCGUCUACCGCCGUGCCCGCCGUGACGAUCACCUCGACGCUCACGAGAGGCGUCGGUGAGGUACACGUGGCGGCGGCAGCAACAGCAGCGGCGGCACCAGAAAGCACAGAGGCGCUGCCCGUUUUCUCCACCUCUCCUGCGCUGCCGUCGCGGCUCACGCACAGCGGCGUCACGCGCGGUCUGGUGGAGCCCACAGCGGUGCACGGUUCUACCGCAGCCAGCCGCUACUACAACAUCACAGAAGACGGUGGUGGUGAUAGACAUGAUGAGAGGGUCAUGAUGAUGCUCGUAACACGCAGUCCGCAGUCGCUCGUCGAAAGCCCCGGCUCGUCUACGGUGCACUCGCCGUCGCUGCUGCAGUCCGAGCCGUCACCGCUGCGGGAGAGUGUCGGCAGUCACAGCCGCAGCUCGCCUGGCGCGGUUGGCGUCCUUGGUGCUGCCUCGGCCGGCCACGGCGGUGUAACCCGCACACAGGUCAAUGACUACAUUCAUUCCACGCGUAUCUCCUCACCGGGCUCUGCCAGAGGCGCGGCCGCAGCAGCAGCAGCAGCAGACGAAGCAGUAACAGCCUGGGGCAGCCAAUCCUCUCCUCCGUCCUCCGUCAUGCGCGAGGACGAUGGGGAAAGCAGCGGCGGUUCGACACUGAUGGUGUCCCCCGCGCUGGGCACCGUCACCGCCGCAACGAGCAUGACGAGCACAGCAGCAGCCAUAACCUCAGCAACAGCGGCAGCGAUGAACAGUUCUAAUAACAGUAAUAGGCCCGCGACUGCACCGGCCAUUCAGCGCUCAGCCAUGACGGUGACCAACACCGCCACCGGCGCUCGCAUGUCGUCGUCCACCCUCACCACGCCGUCUGGCUCGCCGAAGGGCAUGUGGGCUGUCGUGGAUGGCACCGGUGGGGGUCAUCUGCACGUGAACAGCGGUGUAGCGGCGGCAGUUGCGGCGUCGACGACUGGUGGGAGUGGUGGUGGUGUGGGAGGUGUCCCCGCUGCAUUGACGCCCUCGCGGAUCAGCGGCGGUCACACCGCCAACGCCGUCCGCUCCGCCAGCUCUGCGGACUACGGCACGCGUGAGUUCCCUGCCGUACCGUUUUCGUCCGUCUUCGGCAGCCCCGCCGCCCACCACCACUCAUCCCCCUUGCAACAACACGGCUAUCCCUCGCUCAGCAGUCUGCGCAGCGUCGACACCCAUCACAGUUUAACCGAUGUAAGCAGUAGCAACGGGGUCGGGGUCGGCCGGAGUGCGACAGCGGUGGUUGCCGUUUCCGCCGCCGCCGCCACCUCGAUGUCCCCAACUAGGAUGGGCUGCGCCUCGCACAGCAGCGGCUCGAGCUACCUCGGCAGCCCGCAGCUGAGCCUGCUGAACUCCUCCUCCUUACUGCUGAGUAACCCGCCGCUGCCACGCAACGGGUCGAGCAGCAGCCCCGCGAGCGGCGGCGGUGGCGGCGGUGCUGUGACGGCGGCAACGGGGGGAAACAAUUCCAUGUCCAUGUCCUUCGCCCCUCCGCCCGCGCUGGGCUUCAGUCCCACCAUGCCGCGGGAAAGUGACGCCGACCGGGUGCGGCACAACCGGGUCGCCGUGUCGGACGUGGCCGCGAAGGAUGAGACAACGCUGUUGGACACACUCUUCGCCGAUGCGGAGGCCGACGUGAUUGAAGAUGACGAGAGCGAGGUGGACAUCGACGACGGCGUGAGCAGCGGCGGCGGUGGUGGUGGUGCGGCUGUCGUGACGGGGGACUGGCGGCCGGCCUACCCGGCGGGCGCCUCGCCACACGCAAGCCCCCACUCGCCUGACGCCUACACGCAUUCCUACACCAGACUGUCGCAGCAACAGCAGCAGCAGCAUGGAUCUGCGUCGUCGCCACCGUUUUCGCAGGCCGCGAGUCGGUCCGGCACAACCUUCGGCGGAGGCUACUGGUACCACUCCGGCAGCGGUGCCGGCACUGGGGCAGCCCGUCUCCGCUUCUCAUCCGAUCGUCGACUUCAUCGCACCGUUUCGCUGAGCUGCGCGAGCGUGGCGUCCUCGACGGUGUCGCUGCUUGACCCGAAGCAGCCGCCUGCCGAGCAGGGCGCCGCGGCGUACGACGGGGUCGAGGACGAGGAGUGGGAAGUGAACAGCAGCGCGUACGCGGACAGCUUGGAUGAGGCGCAAAUUCAGUGGAUCGAGGAGCAGCUGCAGGCUACGGAGAACCCAAUGGGCUUCUUUUAG